AUGAGUAACUCCCGGAAUAACCGGGUGAUGGUGGAAGGGGUCGGGGCCCGGGUAGUGCGCGGCCCGGACUGGAAGUGGGGGAAGCAGGACGGCGGCGAGGGCCAUGUGGGCACGGUCCGGAGCUUCGAGAGCCCCGAAGAGGUGGUGGUGGUGUGGGACAACGGCACUGCUGCCAACUACCGCUGCUCUGGGGCCUACGACCUGCGCAUCCUAGACAGCGCGCCGACGGGCAUCAAGCAUGAUGGAACCAUGUGUGAUACCUGCCGCCAGCAACCAAUCAUUGGCAUUCGAUGGAAAUGUGCAGAAUGUACAAAUUAUGAUUUGUGCACUGUGUGUUAUCAUGGAGAUAAACAUCAUUUAAGACAUCGCUUUUAUAGAAUUACUACACCAGGAAGUGAGCGGGUUCUGUUAGAGUCUCGUAGAAAAUCUAAGAAGAUUACAGCCAGAGGGAUCUUUGCAGGUGCCAGAGUGGUACGAGGAGUGGACUGGCAGUGGGAAGAUCAGGAUGGAGGAAAUGGACGAAGGGGAAAGGUAACAGAAAUCCAGGACUGGAGUGCAUCAAGCCCACAUAGUGCAGCAUAUGUUCUCUGGGAUAAUGGUGCUAAGAACCUUUACAGAGUUGGCUUUGAGGGCAUGUCUGAUCUCAAGUGUGUCCAGGAUGCCAAAGGAGGUUCUUUCUACAGAGAUCACUGCCCUGUGCUAGGUGAACAAAAUGGCAACAGGAAUCCUGGUGGAUUGCAGAUUGGUGACCUGGUAAAUAUAGAUCUUGACCUAGAAAUUGUACAGUCUUUGCAGCACGGUCAUGGAGGAUGGACUGAUGGCAUGUUUGAAACUUUAACUACAACUGGAACUGUUUGUGGCAUUGAUGAAGAUCAUGACAUUGUAGUACAGUAUCCAAGUGGCAAUAGGUGGACCUUCAAUCCUGCUGUUCUCACUAAAGCAAACAUUGUCCGAAGUGGGGAUGCUGCUCAGGGUGCAGAAGGAGGUACCUCACAGUUUCAAGUGGGUGAUCUUGUACAAGUUUGUUAUGAUCUGGAAAGAAUCAAACUUCUACAGAGAGGACAUGGAGAAUGGGCUGAAGCUAUGCUCCCAACUUUAGGUAAAGUUGGCCGAGUACAACAGAUUUAUUCAGACAGUGAUUUAAAGGUGGAAGUUUGCGGAACAUCUUGGACGUAUAAUCCAGCAGCAGUUUCCAAGGUGGCGUCCGCAGGAUCAGCCAUUAGCAAUGCAUCUGGUGAAAGACUCUCCCAACUCUUGAAGAAAUUAUUUGAAACCCAAGAAUCUGGUGACCUCAAUGAAGAAUUAGUUAAGGCUGCUGCCAAUGGAGAUGUUGCUAAAGUGGAAGAUUUGCUAAAAAGACCAGAUGUGGAUGUAAAUGGACAAUGUGCUGGUCACACAGCUAUGCAAGCUGCUAGUCAGAAUGGACAUGUUGACAUUUUGAAGUUACUUUUGAAGCAAAAUGUGGAUGUAGAAGCAGAGGAUAAAGAUGGAGAUAGAGCUGUUCACCAUGCAGCUUUUGGAGACGAAGGUGCUGUUAUAGAAGUACUGCAUCGGGGCAGUGCUGACUUGAAUGCUCGCAACAAGCGCCGACAGACGCCACUUCAUAUCGCUGUCAAUAAAGGCCAUCUGCAGGUCGUGAAGACUUUAUUGGACUUCGGCUGUCAUCCUAGUCUCCAGGAUUCUGAAGGUGAUACCCCUCUUCAUGAUGCAAUAAGUAAGAAACGUGAUGACAUUCUGGCAGUUCUUCUAGAAGCUGGAGCAGAUGUUACCAUUACAAACAAUAAUGGAUUUAAUGCUCUACACCAUGCUGCACUAAGAGGAAAUCCCAGUGCAAUGCGUGUUUUACUAUCUAAAUUACCAAGACCAUGGAUUGUGGAUGAGAAGAAAGAUGAUGGUUAUACUGCCUUGCAUCUGGCUGCCCUUAACAAUCAUGUAGAAGUGGCCGAACUGUUGGUACAUCAGGGUAAUGCUAACCUGGAUAUCCAGAAUGUGAACCAGCAAACUGCCCUACACCUUGCUGUUGAACGACAGCACACCCAGAUUGUGAGGCUUUUGGUCCGUGCAGGUGCCAAGUUAGAUAUUCAGGAUAAGGAUGGGGAUACUCCUUUGCACGAAGCUCUGAGGCAUCACACCUUGUCUCAGCUACGUCAGCUCCAAGAUAUGCAAGAUGUGGGGAAGGUCGAUGCUGCAUGGGAGCCAUCCAAAAACACAUUAAUAAUGGGACUUGGUACCCAGGGGGCAGAGAAGAAGAGUGCAGCAUCGAUUGCCUGUUUUUUGGCUGCCAAUGGCGCUGACCUUAGCAUUCGAAAUAAGAAAGGUCAAUCGCCGCUUGAUCUCUGUCCUGAUCCAAGUCUCUGCAAAGCACUGGCAAAGUGUCAUAAGGAAAAAGUCAGUGGUCAAGUAGGUUCUCGAAGUCCUUCUAUGAUUAAUAAUGAUUCUGAAACCUUAGAAGAGUGCAUGGUGUGCUCAGAUAUGAAGAGAGAUACUCUUUUUGGCCCAUGUGGACAUAUUGCUACCUGUUCUUUAUGUUCUCCACGAGUCAAGAAAUGCCUCAUCUGUAAAGAACAAGUUCAGUCCAGGACAAAGAUUGAAGAAUGUGUGGUGUGCUCUGACAAGAAAGCAGCUGUUCUUUUUCAGCCUUGCGGACACAUGUGUGCUUGUGAGAACUGCGCUAGUCUGAUGAAGAAGUGUGUGCAGUGUCGGGCAGUAGUUGAACGAAGAGUGCCUUUCAUUAUGUGUUGUGGAGGGAAGAGUUCCGAAGAUGCCACUGAUGACAGCUCAAGUGGAAAUAUUCCAGUGUUACAAAAGGACAAGGAUAAUACCAAUGUCAAUGCAGAUGUGCAAAAGUUGCAACAGCAGUUACAGGACAUUAAAGAGCAGACCAUGUGCCCUGUGUGUUUGGACCGACUGAAGAAUAUGAUUUUCCUCUGUGGCCAUGGAACGUGCCAGCUCUGUGGAGACCGAAUGAGUGAAUGUCCUAUUUGUCGCAAGGCUAUUGAACGAAGGAUUCUUUUGUAUUAAUUAAGAAACUCUGUGUUUUCUUAGCUGAAGUAUUUGGUCAUGAGCUCUUAGUAAUCUUAAUCUGUUAAGCCAGGUGGAGGUUCUAAUGAAUUAAUUUUUAAUAUCAUAGUUUCUUUCCUAGAGUGUAAUUAGACUGUAAAUGUGCCAGAACAAAAAACCUCUACAAGACAGUGUUUGAAGUUGUGUUUUUUGUUUUUGUUUCUUUUAAUUUGAAACAUCAAAUCCAUGUAAUUCAUAGGUAAUUUACUUGUCACUUCUAAGGGAAAAUCCUUUAAGGAUCUGUUAUUUUUGUUUUUAUUGCAUCUUUUCUUAUAGUUUAUAAAUUUGUUAGACCUCGAGAAAUGUAGUUCCUACGAUCAGCUGUCCUUCAGUUUAUCAUGAUUUUACACAGUGGGUUGACACAGGUACUCAGAACAGUCAUGCAUCAAGUGAACGGGACAAGUCAAACCAUUAGGUCACAUGUGUUAAAUGACAAAAUUAUAAUACAAGUUUUAUAUAGUUAAUACUGAAGAGAGGAUUAUCUUUUUAAGAUAAAAAGUUAUGCAAACGAUUGAUUCUGAAUUCUUAGAGUAAAUGGAAGCAUGGAAUGAGAGAGCAGUGACUUUGCAUUUAGCUUAAUUUCUAGAUUUAAAAGGAAGAUUGUUUAACUU